UAUCUGGAUCUCACUUGAUUCGAAACGAUUCACUACACACGUCUUUGCCGGCACAAGGGCACAGUUUCAUUAUGUCGACAUGCUCAUUAUGAUACCCUACCAUCGCUGGCACGUUUGCCAUCAACAUCCUCCUUUGCCACAAUUAUGGCAGCAUCGGAGCAAGACCAGCAUAAAUUGAAUCCCAGAGCCAGCCUUCGGAACUCUUCUUACAUCGAUCCCUCAACUGGAGCUAGGUUGAGUACAGCAUUUACCCUGCGUUUUCACGACAUUGGUGAUGGCCCUCCGUCUGAAGCGACUGAUGAGUCAACUCUCCUCCUUCCUCGAGCAUCAUCGGAUGAGAGGAAUCCGCAUCGGACAAGAUGUGGGUUUCUGGCAGACAAGAGCAAGGAUUAUGCUAUCCGAGUGAAGCAGUUCAUACUGUCUGAAACUGGCAGAGGAGUCUUCAAAUGUGCACUGGCAUAUUUUCUCGGCAGCCUUGCGACAUUCGUGCCUCCGUUGAGUCAAUUACUUGGCCAGCAGAGUUCGAAGCACAUGGUGGCCACGAUAACUGUGUAUUUUCACCCUUACCGGUCGUUUGGAAGUAUGCUUGAUGCUCUUCUUCUUGCAUCAAUUGCUUUCUUGUACACAGCAGUUGUGUCCUUACUCAGCAUGACUGUAGCCGCCUUCUUUGCCGACACUGUCCAUUUGAUCGAGCUUGGCCAUGCCAUUGUGUUGGUUCUUUUUGUAGGAGGUGGUCUGGGACUUGUUGCAUGGGUCAAGCUCCGCAAGAAUGACCCUCUUGUGAACAUUGCUUGCUCCCUCACUUCGCUUGGGCUUAUAACAAUCCUCACUAAAGAAGGCGCCAUUCAGGCUGGAGACUACUCCCUGAGGACAAUCAUAUCAAUCCUGAAGAUGAUUGUAGCUGGUGUCAUCGCAACUGUGCUGGUAUCUGUUUUGAUAUUCCCAAUCUCCGGGCGCCGCAAGCUGAGGCAAAAUCUUCUUGAUGUGACUGAUAUGCAAUCAGACAUGCUUGCUCUCAUCACAAGCAGUUUCAUUUCUGGCGAUGAAGCAGAACUAGAGAAUAGCAUCCUUUCUCGCGUCACCGAAAAACACAAGAAAGCCUCUGCCACGGUCGCCCAGAAGCUGAAGGAAGCAAAAUAUGAGCAUUAUCUACUUGGUACCGAGAGACAAGUCCUGAUCGAGGCGAGGCUUGCCCACUGCAUCCAGCGUAUCUCCCAGAGCAUUGGUGGCCUUCGGAGUGCCGCAGCGAUGCAGUUUGUUGUUGUAAAAGAACCUCCUUUUGGGUCACCGAUGCGCAACGAAGGUAUAGCUCGCGCUGCUGGUACUUGGAUGGAUUCUCUCGAAAGCUCCAAAUCCAAUGAUGAUAACAGAGGCUUGUUCAACGGCAUCAAUUCUUUAUCCGCUGACUCCCAGGAUCGUCUGCAGCCACCCAAUCAACCACCCUUUCGCUCCCCCGCCCAAAUAUUCGAAAUGUUCAUUGAGAACUUGGGUCCGUCCAUGCGAUCUCUAGCUUUCACUCUUAAGGAGAUCAUGGAUCAUUUCCCUUUUGAUCCUGACCGAAACUAUGUGGUCAGCACAAACCCCAAGUUCAAAAUCAGCCUUGACCGAGCCAUCGACCUUUACAAAGACAGUCGCCAAAAGUCUCUUGCAAUUGUAUAUGGCCAAAAAGAUAUGGAUCGUUUCCGACCUCUUACCGUGCAAGCUGAUUGGGAGGACGCUGCUGCUGCGUGUGGAUAUUUUUCAUUCUCUCUUGUCGAGGUCGCUGAAUCAGUCAAAAAGUACUUGGCCAUACUCGAUGAGCUCCAACUUGAAGUAGAUGAAAAUCCCGCUGGCAAGACCUGGAACUGGUUGAAAUUCUGGCGGCAGGGUGUGGACCACCACGAGUUCCAUGACGCCGAUCCUGAUCUCGUCGAGGUUGUGAAGAAGGCAGACGAUCUUGACCUUCAAUACACAGAACAGCCUUUCAAUCUACCUCGACCCUACAACGAGGCAGCAUGGCAAGACCGCCCACGAAUUAAGCGCAGGCUAUUCCACAAGAUAUAUGACGCAUCCGCCUAUUUUCGUCGUGAAGACGUCAAGUUUUCUGUGAAGGUCGCCGUGGGAGCAGUCUUGUACGCGUUACCGAGCUUUCUGCCUUCAACUCGACCAAUCUAUUCCCACUGGAGAGGCGAAUGGGGUCUGCUGUCUUACAUGUUGGUCUGUAGCAUGACUAUAGGUGCCAGCAAUACGACAGGCUAUUCCCGUAUACUUGGAACGUGCCUUGGAGCUGUAUUGGCCAUAGUCGCGUGGGAGGUGUCUGAUGACAACCCAUUCGUUAUGGCUUUUCUAGGGUUCUGUAUGGCAUCCUGGACCUCAUAUAUCAUCGUCGGAAAAGGCAAGGGCCCUUUUGGCAGGUUCAUACUCUUGACGUACAACCUCACUGCACUGUACGCGUAUAGCCUGACGACCCAAGAUGAUGACGACGGCGGGGACGAGGAAGACACUGGAAAGCAUCCCCUGAUCGUCCAGAUUGCGAUACAUCGUGUGGUGGCUGUAAUAUCUGGUACCAUCUGGGGUCUGAUCAUCACACGCAUGAUCUGGCCAAUAUCUGCACGACAAAAGUUGAAGGACGGCCUAUCUUUGUUAUGGUUGCGAAUGGGGAUGAUCUGGAAGAGAGACCCGCUUGCUACCUUCACGGACGGCGUUCAUCCUAACCAUUAUAUGAACCUGCGCGAAGAAUGGUAUCUACAGAAAUUCUUGGCCAAGUUACAAGGUCUCAUCGAAGCCUCCAAAAGCGAGUUCGAGUUCAGAAGGCCCUUUCCGCACGCGACCUAUGCACGUAUUCUGCGAAAGACAGAAGAGAUGCUCGGAGCCUUCCACGCCAUGAAUCAAGUCAUUCUGAAAGAUCUCAACACCUCACCCGGAGAGGAGGCAUUGCUCUCAGCGACAGCCAAUGAACGAGCACAGCUUUGCGUCAGAAUCAGUCAUUUGUUCAGUGUCCUGGCAAGCUCCAUGAAGCUUGAAUAUUCGAUUGCGACUGAUGCGUUGCCGAAUAUAGAACACACGAGGGACAGGCUGUUGGCAAAGAUCUUUGCAUAUCGUCGCAAUGACGCUCAAGAGCAAAGAAGUACUGAUGAGGAUUAUAGCUUGUUUUUCACGUAUGCUUUGGUGACAGGGCAGCUCAACCUCGGUAUCCAGGAUGUGCUCGAGGACCUUGGGGAGCUUUUUGGUGUUAUGGACGAAGAGGCUCUUCGUCUUGACUGAGUGCUAGCUACAUCUACUUCCUAGGCGAGCCGAUUAACCGCGGUAUUCGUAAGCUGGCGAAGCAACUCCAUCUUCAUAUUCUAAAUUUCAUAAAGAAAAUAUCAUCCUUGG